AUGACAAUGCAAAAUCAGCCAUUACAUCCACAAAAAGGCUUCGUAUUUGAACGAACAUUGCGAAAAAGACGUGUGAUUAAACGGCAAUCAAUUGAAAAUUAUGUGAGGAGGAGAGUGAGGAAAGCUGAUUUGAUGAACCUCAGAUAUUUAGAUUUUUUUCCUUUAUAUGAACUAUGGUGCCAGUACUACUCUAAUUUGCUCGGAAUUUCUUUAAAUCAUCCUGAUGAAAGGAUUUUAAAAGCCGACUACCAUGGUUGUAUUUUUAUAAUCGCUGAUGCUGCUGCUUCUAGCCAAAGAUAUGCCAAUCCAGAACAUAAUCAAGAGAUCUAG